UAGCAAGAACCACAUUGAUUCAACAACUGUYCAAUCACAUAAGUUCCAUAGAAGUGGAAAAUGGUCCUUCUCAACCUUUGGCCCGAGUUUAUGAAAACGCUAUGGUGGUAUGUACCUGCAGGUGACUCUGAGUGUGUCCAGUGGUGUCCUGGCCAUCGAGGCCCUUGGAGAGGGGGACAAAGAGGGACAGGGAGAGAAAGAGAUCACUGUCCAGUCUACCAGCCUCUCUGACCUCAACAAUCUUCUGGGACAAAUMACCUACACCAGCACUGUGUACCGYAUGAGYACUGGAGAUCUGGCUCACUUCACGUUUGAACACCAUGAGGCUGUCUUCCCCAUUGUCARCCAGCAGACAUCAGUGCCUGUUUUAUAUGACAUAGGAAACGGUGAGAUCRCCCUMUAUUCCCUUGUAAUGUAG